GGCUCUCGGCGCCGCGCCGUCCGCCGUCCCGCCCGGCAGCACCAUGGCGCUGACCGACACCAUCCUGCCCUCCUUCGCCACCUUCGCCAGCCCCUGCCGCGAGAAAACCCUCCACGAAAGGUGGAAGUGCGAGCAGGAGGCCAAGACCCCCGCGGGCAGCUGGGGCGGCCUUUCCCCGCGCAAGGAGGAUGAAGAUCUCAACAACGUGCUGGAUUUUAUCCUUUCCAUGGGCAGUGACAGCUACAGCCAGGGAGCAGCCGGUGGAGACUAUCCCCCAGCCCAAGGGGAGAGCGGCGGCGGCAGCUUUUACCAGACAAACCCGUCCCAGGGAUGCUACAGUGGGCUGGAGCAGGGCAGCCCCCCGCCCUACAGCGCCGGCAUGGUGCCGGAGAUGAUGCGCUCGGACAUGGACUCCAACUACUGCCCUCCCGGCAGCGUCCACGGGAGGUUCUUCGUGACACCCAGCUUUGGGGGCCCACAGUUCGUUGAGAACAUUAAACCCGAGCCCGAUAUGGACAAUUACGGACCCGUCCUGGGGCUGGUGCCCCAGGCUUGCCCAAAGAUCAAGCAGGAGGGCAACGCGACCUGCAUGAUGGCCUACGAGCAGCCCCGGGUCGCCAGCUCCCCCCAGAUCCCCGGCGCAGAGACACCCCCCCUGAGCCCCGACGACCUGAUGGUGAAUGACUGCCACACGCAGAUGAUGUGCCCCUCGUCCGUGUCCUUCCAGCAGAGCUACCACCCAGCCUCCAACUUCCACCACCCGCAGACCCACCUGCAGUACCAGAACACCUCCCAGUUCGGCCUUUUCGAGGACAGCCUGCCCUUACAACCCUCUGCUCCCAGGGGCAUGCUCACCCCUCCUUCCUCGCCUCUGGAGCUGCUGGACUCCAAACCAAAACGAGGACGUCGGUCCUGGCCACGGAAGAGAACAGCCACUCACACGUGCACCUACGCGGGUUGUGGGAAGACCUACACCAAGAGUUCACACCUGAAGGCUCACCUCAGGACACACACAGGUGAGAAGCCCUACCACUGCAACUGGGACGGCUGCGGCUGGAAGUUCGCCCGCUCCGACGAGCUCACCCGGCACUAUCGCAAACACACCGGGCACCGGCCCUUCCAGUGCCACCUCUGCGACAGGGCCUUCUCCAGGUCAGACCACCUGGCUCUGCACAUGAAGCGGCACAUGUAGCCCCCGCAGACUCCCAGCUGCCCACAGUGGACGUUAUUUAAACUGCUCAGGUGCAGAAGGGUUUGGGAAAAGAAACCAAUGUUGUAGCUGGUACUACGUAGGGGAGGCACCGACGCUCCGGCGAUGGACGCUGAGGAGAUUUGACCCAAGGAGACUUAGCCAGUCAGCUCCUGCAGAGAACUUGACGGGACUCAAUCAGUGAACCUGCCCAUCCCAGGCAGAACAAGGGUUAUUUAUGCAGCUUGUGUGAAGGGUGAACUCCGUAAGACUCCAUACAGAUUGUAUAGAAGAAGCUGUAAAUAUGUCUGUCUGUUUUCUAACUGCCCAAGUCCUUAAGCUUUACGAGACAAUGUUUGUAUGGAAACUGCCUGAAGUUGACCCUAGAAGAGGUUUAAAUGAAUGUUACUGUAGUUAAGGAUGUUGUUUUAGAUCUCAGUUGAAGACAUGGCUAAGAGAACACUCCUACAGUUUAGACUGUUUGUUUCACAGGUGCAAUAAUAUUCUUGUCUGCCAUGAUCUACACUAGAAGUACAGGGCUUGAUGUCUUGUAAGGAAAAAGAACCUAUUUUACUGUAAUGUUUUUUAUAUAUUGUAAAUAAUUUUAUACAAGGAGAACUAUUGUAUGUGUAAAUAGAAGACAAAUGGGUAUUUUGCCUAUUCCUGUUUUUAUAAGAGCCUCGUGGUUUUCAGUGUUUGAAGACAUUUCUUCUUUUUAAUAAAACAAGUUUUUAAUUGC